CACCCACGAUGAGCUGUGGCCUGAGGCAGAAACACCUUGCAGCUUGGCAGCAAGCUCCCUCCAAUCCACUUUGUCAUUUGAGCUCAAACCCGACGACCUCAUAUCCACGUCCGCGACCCUCGUCCACCCCCUGCUAUUGGACCUGGGACUAACGCUGCUUGAUCUUUCGAAUCUGCUUUCUGGGCCUUGACGCUCAGCACGGCGGUUGAGGCGCCGAACACACUGCAACCCAGAUUGACCGAGGUUUCCGACGUCACGAUCCCGCAAAGCUGCCCAUUAUGUCCUCCCGGAUGGCGGCCUUGUCGCUUUAUCGCCGCUCUUUGAAGCUCGCGCUCGACUGGUCGGUACACCGUGAUGUCUGGCGCGGCCAGGCGCUCUACAUCCGCUCCCUGUUUGAGAAGAACCGGGCUGUCACCGACCCCAGACUACAGCGUGCGCUGUUGAAAGAGACAGAGAAGUUGUUGGAGAAUUGGAAGCACCCCGACCCUUAUAUCCCCCCAACGGCCCCCGGAGGAUCCAAGUACGAGAGAAACUUGCCAGUCCCCAACCUCGACCCUCCCCCGCCGCUCAAGUUCUGAUCCAACAUUGGCAAUGGAGAUGGAAUGUACAUAAAUUUAGACGAGGAGACUGGAACGGAGAACAGACACAUGCCAUGGGCGACGUCGAAUGCAAAGUGGUUGCCUCCAACCUGUAGCUUGCAGAUGGGCGUAUCUUGACAAAAGCUUAGUUUCGUGCUGAGAGCAUUCACCUGACAUCAUU